AUGGUUUCGGAAGAAGACUGCAUGAAGGCUCUGUCACGUGAAGUUAACGAUAUAGACGAGGUUCCAUACCACCCAUUUCACUGGACACCAGAUUUUAAAGAAGAAGAAGAACCCUCUAUUGUACCAGUUUGGAUUGUCCUUCCAGGUUUGCCUCCUAACUAUUAUCAUGAGUCUUUUCUUAAAAUUCUUACAACCCCUAUAGGUAGAUUUAUUAGAUGUGAUAAUUCCACUCGUUGUGCUACUCGCACCGAUGGUGCCCGUAUUUGUGUGGAAAUGGAUGCUGCAAAGCAACCUUUACCUCAUUUUUGGAUUGGGAUGCCUGGUCUGGGAUCUAGCCGAAAGCAAGAAAUCAUUUAUGAAACUCUGCUGGCAUUAUGUUCUAAGUGUAAAAUACAGGGUCAUAAUUCAAAGACAUGCCGUGCUGGGAAAAAGAAUGCAGGAGGUAAGGUGUGGGUUCGGCAACAAGAACCGAUUGUGGAGGAGCCGAAGGAAAAUACUACAAUCCCAGUUGUUGUGGAUAAAGAAGUUGAAACAAACCAAGAUUCUGAGGAAAAUCGGGGUGAACCCAUACUUUUGGUUGAGGAGUUGGAACCAGAAAAAGAUCAGGAGGAAAUUCCUGAGAUUGCGGAUACUGCGGAAGAAAUGAAUCCAGUAAGUUUUGAAGGAAGAAUGGACUGCUCUACACAGCUAAAGGAAGCAAAGUUGGAAACAGACAUGAGGGAGGGGGAAGUAGUUCCUAGUUUAGAGGAAAGGGAGGAUGAUAAUGGUCACAAGGAAGAGGUAUUCUUGGAAGAAGGAUCGAUGUCUGAUCCGGAACCUGAGAAAAAUGCGGAAGUGUUUUUGCAGGAGAAGGAAUACCAUUCGGACGCAGAAGAUGAAGUCGUGAAGAGGAAAUAUCAGAAGAGGCAGUUUGAGAAAAUCAGGAGUUCUAGGCGGCUGAUCACUAGAGCACAAAAGUUUACUCAAUGA